AUGACCGGCCUCCUCCGAUUCCUACUCGAAUACGUUGGAGGAAAGGAGAAGGAGGAUCCCCGGCAACACUGGCGUGAUCCAAAACAUACCGCUAACGAUAACGCUCACAUAUACCGUUUCGUCCUCGGCGGCGUUGAGGGACCUAACUAUUUCGGAAACUUCAACCUACAAGAAAUAUUCAACGCGCUUUCGAAGUCCCCUCUCUUUACCGGUGCCACAACUCCGCAGGGUUUCAUGCGAUGGAGUGAAGCGUUAAUGGCUUAUCUCCCCGUUGGAUUUCAAGAAGGAUACCUGGGUGUUCCAGCGAAGGUACUGCACAGCGUGGGCUUGGGCCCUGUGGAGAUAGUUCGCCUUCAAAUGUAA